AGCCAACGCCGCCGAGCGCUGCUUCGACGAAGGGAAGCGCUGCUGUUCUUGGGAAGAGGGUGGGACUCUGAGCCGCCACGCUCGCCUCUUGCCUGUCCCUUCCCCUGUACGAGGUGCCCGGGAGCGCCGCUGCCUCCCGAGUCGCGCUAGACUUCUGAGGCGAGGACUGGUCUGCGCCUGUUUCAAGAAAACAUGCUGGAGAAUGUUCACCUUCAGUAGCAAGUAUAUAUAAUUAUGAACAGUUAUUUCCUUUCUUCUUCUUUAAAUAACAAGCCCACAGUUACCAUCUUCAUUCUUUGCGCAUAUCUACUACAAGUACAGGCGAAACAUGAUGGUUAUUUGAGUGCUGCGCUUGCGGACCUGAAAAGAAUUAAAACCUGUUCUAAGAUUGAUGCCUUUUUAUAUACUGCAGAAAUGACUGAUCGUAGUGAAUGUAAAGCAUCAGUGAUGAACUGCUUUAUCCUCGAAAUGGAAGUAAUUUGGUAUGAAUCUAAGUACAUAAGGGAUACGACAUUCAGCAAUACUGUACUUAAUGUGCUGAAAACUGUCCGCGAACAUUCGCUUGUCAAAAAUCAGAGCAACAAAACAUCCACAUGCCAAAAAUGUGAAACUUUUGGAGAGAAAAAAUGUACAGAAUUUUUAAAAAGGUUUGAAUAUUUUAUAAAACAAUUGUAUACUGAACUGGAAUAAAAAACGCAAAAAUCAUAAAACAAUGUCAAGAAAGCAUAAAAUGAAAUUCUAGUGCAGCAGGAAGUACCCCGAAAUGAAGAAAUACAAUGGGGACAAAUUAAAAUCAGUAUUGGUGAGCAACGAGUUUGUGCAUUUAAUCUUGUGCAUUUAAUCUUCAGGAUUUUUU